AUGCGGCUGUCGCUGAGCGUGGUCAUUUCUGCCCUUGCGGCGGCCACGUCGGCGCUGAGCACCACUGGGUCCCGCCUGCUGGUCGUUCUCGACGACGUGGCUGAUAAGGCGGCAUAUGGAAAGUUCUUUGGGGAUCUGGCCGCCCGCGGCUUCGACAUCAACUACGAGACGCCCAGAAGCGACAAGCUGAGCCUGUUUGAUCUCGGCGAGCGCAAAUACGACCACCUCAUCUUCCUACCCACAAAGGUCAAAGCGCUCGGCCCCAACCUGACGCCGAACCUGCUCGUCGACUUCGUCAACGCCCAGGGCAACAUCAUGGUGGGUCUGUCGUCGACAACGCCCACGACCAACUCCAUCGUGUCGCUGCUCGCGGAGCUCGACAUCAGCCUGCCCGCGGAGCGCACGGGCACCGUCGUCGACCACUUCCACUACGACGCUGUGUCGGCGCCUGAGACGCACGACGUACUCGUGCUCGACGCGCCCGCCGCCCGCGAAGGCGUCAAGCCCUACUUUGCCCUCCCCGGCGACGCCGUCCUCGCCGUGCCGCAUACCGCCGGCCACGUCCUCGGCAACAGCCACCUGCUGACCCCGAUCCUCCGCGCGCCCGACACGGCCUACAGCUACAACCCCAAGGAGCAGGCCGCCACCGUCGAGCCGGACGAGCUCUUCGCCGCCGGUCGGCAGCUCGCCCUCGUCUCGGCCCUCCAGGCCCGCAACUCGGCCCGCGUGUCGGUCCUCGCUGCCGAGAUGCUCCAGGACAAGUGGCUUGACGCCACCGUCGCCAAGGUCGACGGCCCCAAGAGCAAGACGGAGAACAAGGAGUUUGCGCGCCGCAUCUCGGGCUGGACCUUCCAGGAGAUUGGUGUGCUCCGCGUCAACGACGUCGAGCACCGCCUGGUCGGCAGCAACGAGCCUAACCCUAGCCUCUACAGAAUCAAGAAUGAUGUGACAUACGCCAUCUCGCUGUCCGAGUACAGCUGGGACAAGUGGGUUCCGUUUGCCAUUCCCGAUCAGGACGCGCUGCAGCUAGAGUUCUCCAUGCUGUCGCCCUUCCACCGCCUGAGCCUGGCCCCCGUCGGCAAGACGGCCGACGCCGCCACCUACGGCGUCAAGUUCACGACGCCCGACCAGCACGGCAUCUUCAAUUUCCUGGUCAACUACAAGCGGCCCUUCCUGACGAGCAUCGAGGAGAAGCGCACCGUCAGCGUGCGCCACAUGGCCCACGACGAGUGGCCGCGCAGCUACGCCAUCUCGGGCGCCUGGCCCUGGAUCGCGGGCAUCGCCGCCACCGUGUCCGGUUUCGUGGCCUUUUCGGCGCUUUGGAUGUAUAGCAAGCCUACGGAGACGAAGAAGACGCAGUAG